AUGACCGGCACAGAGCGAAAAGUCUUUCAGAAAUACUACCCCCCGGACUUCGAUCCGUCGAAGAUCCCCCGCGGGAAGGGUGGCCGGAGUCGUCAGUUCGUCCAGCGUGUCAUGGCACCUUUCAAUAUGCAGUGCAACACAUGUCGCGAGUACAUCUACAAAGGCAAAAAGUUCAACAUGAAGCGUGAGACGGCGGAAGGAGAAUUCUACUUGGGGCUGAAAAUCUUCCGCUUUUACUUCAAAUGUCCCAAUUGUUUGGCCGAGAUCUCGUUCAAGACCGACUUGGAGAAUUGCGACUACCAGAUGGAGCAGGGAGCGACGAGGCUUUUCGAGGCGUUCAAAUUGUAUCAGCAAGCCGCUAAAGAGCAAGAGGAACGCGAGGCCGAGGAUGCGAAGGAUCCGAUGAAAAUGCUGGAGAAGAGAACCCAGGCCAGUCGAGCUGAAAUGGAAAUGGCUGGGAAACUGGAAGAGCUGCAAGAGCAGAAUCGUCACACGGAAAGCAUCAACCUCAACGACUUUUUGGCUGAUUUUGAAGCCCAGCGGAAGCUGACGCUUGUAGAACGAUUGCGUCUUCAAGAGCAAAAGGAUGAAGAAGAGUUGAGGCAAAUGUUCGACAAAGACGAGGACGGACUAAUCCGUAAAAGAAUCAAAGAUGAGGAUGAAGACGAUGAGGAUGCUAGUUUGCCUACUUCAAGCCGUCUGAACACCCUGAAAUGGGAGAGCAACGACAGUAAGGAUGACGCAAAACCUGGUGGUGAUACAAAACGGAUACGUGACACGCAGAAGGAACUCUUGUCGAAGCUUGUGAAGCGCAAGAAAACAGAGCCAAACAUAAAGCAAGAGGCAAGCGAUGAAGCUGCUACACCACCCGCCGAUCCACCAAAAGCUGCAACUAUAGCACCACCGUCAGCUCUCCUUGGCCUAGGAGCAUAUGGAAGCGGCUCCGAUUCAGAA